GUAUUUAUUUCACUGGUUACAUAUAACGGACGACGAUCUGCCUUCAAAAUCCAACUCCAGGGCUCCAAAUCCAACGAUUUUUCUACUCUUUUGCUGCUUCAAUCCCAAGAGAUUACUCUUAUCUCUCAGUGAAGACGUUGUCGGAGAGGACGGACUCUCAUCACCGACAAACUCCUUCCGACCUCCGUCAUGGAAGAUAACUCCUCGGCUGCAACUGGACUUCACUCUAUCCGCUGCAGAGCUGCUGUCUGCCGGAAGCCUGGGGAGCCGCUGGUGAUUGAGGAGAUAAUUGUGGCGCCGCCUAUGGCUCAUGAAGUUCGGAUUCGGAUAAUAUGUACCUCUUUGUGUCACAGCGAUCUCACGUUCUGGAAGAUGAAGGAUUUUCCAGGGAUUGUUCCUAGAAUUCUUGGCCACGAGGCAAUCGGAGUGGUUGAGAGUGUAGGGAAGGAUGUGAAUGAAGUUAAGAAAGGAGAUACAGUAAUCCCAACAUUCAUGGCUGACUGUGGGGAAUGUGAAGAUUGCUUAUCAAAUAAGAGCAAUCUAUGUUCAAAAUUGCCUUUCAGUGUGUCUCCCGGAAUGCCCCGAUGUGGGACAAGCAGAUUCACAGAUCUCAAUGGAGAGGUUAUUCAUCAUUUUCUGUUUGUAUCAAGUUUCACUGAAUACACUGUGGUAGAUGUCGCCAAUGUCGCCAAUGUAACCAAAGUAGAUCCUGCAAUCCCUCCAAACAGGGCAUGCCUUCUUAGUUGUGGGGUAACAACAGGGGUUGGUGCGGCAUGGAGAACAGCAAAUGUAGAGAAGGGAUCCACUGUCGCCAUAUUUGGACUAGGGUCCAUAGGUUUAGCUGUUGCGGAAGGAGCAAGAAUAUGUGGAGCAAGCAGGAUUAUUGGUAUAGAUGUCAACCCAGAUAAAUUUGAAACUGCGAAGAAGUUUGGAGUCACUGAGUUCGUUAAUACCAGAAGUCUUGGGGAUAAAUGUGUGAGCCAGGUAAUUAUUGAAAUGACUGGUGGAGGUGCAGACUAUUGCUUUGAAUGCGUUGGAAUGGCUUCCUUAGUUCAAGAAGCAUUCACAUGCUGUAGACAGGGUUGGGGUAAAACAAUCGUGGUGGGAGUGGACAAGCCUGGAUCACUAUUGAAUCUUAGCUCUUACGAAGUCCUUCAUCGUGGGAAGACUAUCAUGGGAUCCUUGUUCGGGGGAACAAAGCCCAAAUCAGAUAUUCCCACCCUCCUUAACUGGUACACUGAUAAGAAACUUGAACUGGAUAAAUUUGUGACCCACGAAGUAGGUUUGGAAGAUAUCAACCAAGCUUUUAAUCUGCUAAUUGAAGGAAAGUCCUUGAGAUCUGUGAUUUGGAUGAACAAUUGAGCAACUUCACCCCAUCAUGCAUCGGUUUCCUCGUUAUUUCUUAAUAAGUACGUCCAUUCAAAUCCUUUAAAAAUACUCUCAUUUUUAUAUUCAAGUUAAAUUCAAAUCUUGGAUAUACAUUUUAUGUCAAAUGAAUUCUGUUUAUCGUAAUAAAUUAUUAUUUGAAUA